ACCACAUGCAGUUCGAAGGGUUUCUUGUAUUUGUAGCCACCUUUGUAGUCUCUACCGCCACUCCGUUGGACGACUAUGUGCAACGUGACGAUGGCGUGUUUAGUUACUCUGAGGUACGAGAGCCCUUUUGGGGAGACACAUCGACACUCUAUUUCGUCAAUAUGACGUCACAGCGGUGGCUGACAGAUAAAGAUUGCAGUCGGUCUGUAUGGUGGCAUUAUGUAGUGGUCACUGUACCGCAUGAGAUCAGCUACCCAGAACACGCUUAUGUUUAUGUUACUGGUGGCAGCAAUCAUGACGGUAUCCCCACUUUGAAAGACAGUGAGCUACUGGAAAUCUCGGCAUUGGCUGAUGACUUGAAACUCGUGACCGCAAUUUUAUACCAGAUUCCAAAUGCUCCAAUUAUCUUUUGGUCCGAUCCAGAGAAACGAGAAAGAACUGAGGAUGCUAUUAUUGCUUACACUUGGGCUCACUUUUCUGACUAUCCUAGCCAACCAGAUUGGCUUGCAAGGAUGCCUAUGACAAAGGCUGUAGUUGCUGCAAUGAACAUGACAGCAGAUAUAGCAGGAAAGAAGCGAAGUGAAUCACACAUAUCAAAGUUCUUUAUUGGUGGAGCAUCAAAGCGAGGGUGGACAACAUGGACAACAGCUGCUGUUGACAAUCGUGUAGUUGGAAUCACUCCAAUUGUGAUGGAUCUUCUCAACUUAGUUAAGAAUGUUCACCAUCAGUUUCGAGCACUUGGAAACUGGACAUUUGCUUUUGAAGACUACUAUGACACAAAUUUUACUUGCCAUCUGGAUGAUCCAAAUAUAAAGCUUCUAGCUGAUCUUGUUGAUCCUUUCUCAUACAGAGAUCGUCUGGUGAUGCCUAAGUAUGAGAUUGAUACCGGUGGUGAUGAGUUUUUUAUGCCAGAUGACUCGCACUAUUGGUUUAGUGAAAUGAAAGGUGACAUGUACUUUAGAAUGAUCCCCAAUGCAGAACAUUCGUGUGCUCUUCACGAAUUUGGCAUAUUAGUUGGAAUCAAAGGUUUUGUCUUGAGCGUACUUGAAGGAUUUUCUAGGCCCAAAAUGACAUGGACCUUGAACAAUACUUCUGAAGGUGGCAGCAUUGUUUUGCAUUCUCCGACUGCUCCUUUGUUUGUUCAAAUGUGGCAUGCUACAACUAUUGAUGGCAACAGACGUCGAGACUUUCGCCUGCUGAAUGAUCCAUCACAUAAUCCCAAGUACCCUGUGCCACACCCUGUACUGUGGUUUGAAUCAUCUGUUACUCGGCAGGGAAGUGAUUAUAUUGCCGAACGUCAAAAUCCGAAGUCUGGCUGGACUGCCUUCUUCAUUGAGGCCGUGUAUCCUGGCCCCCUUGGAAGUGAGCUAUUGUUUACAACAGAAGUUAACAUUAUACCAAACACUUUUCCAUAUCCUGAUUGCCAUGGCGAUGUGUGCUGUGGGGGAUUGGUGUAGUAGCAGUCAGAAAAUGUUUAGCAUAUUUUAGCCUUUUGUUGCAAUGGAGUUUUAUGGAACAGGCUUCAACCUUGAAAUUACAAAAAUAGGUGAGCACAUGCCUGCAGUGUUGCUAACUCGUGGUGGUUGUAACUUGACUUUGGUAUUUCUUUUGUCAAGAUAAUUAAACAUGAUGUGCUUGGUAUAGUGAGGACUGAGAUAUCAAUUAAUUUUUUGUUUGGUUUAUUAAUAUUAAUUAAUAUAGUUUAUAUUUGUAUGGGCACUGA